AUGGCUGACUCAUGGGACGUCUAUGUGGCAUUCUGCCAACGUAGAGGUAGUGAUCCUUUGCAUUGGAUGCUUUUGCUUGCUAACCCGGGGUCGCUGCAUUGUACUUGGUAUCAUGUUGUCGGAGGUCCUACGGAGGAUCGGGACUACGAGCGCAAGAUCCAAGCCGGGAAGCGAAUGGACAGUUUCGGUAUCUCUAGGAAGCAAUACAUCGGCUCUAUUGCUGCAAGCAAGAUCAACAAGGUCAAGUCAGCAGUAGUAGCAGUCCCUGUGCAGGAGUGUCAGCGCUGGACUGUGGAAGUGCUUGCCGGGCUUGAGCGCAAGUGCCUGGUCCCCUCUGGCGCUAGCGUUCAUUAUUAUAAUCAGAUGGAGCCUUCUCGUGUUGGGAAAUCGGAACAUGGCUGGGUCUUGCUCUCUGGAUCUUCUGAUGAUAGUGACUAG